UAUUGGAUUUAUAUCCAGCUUGGGGAGGUUUUUAGUGGUACCUUCCGUUUUUUUAAUCCUUUUUGUUUGCUUCCAGUUACUUAUUGAAGCUCCGGGGGCAUUAAUAAGGACCAUCUGCAAGGCUGACUGGUUGCUAGAGAAUUGCAGGACAUUUAUUGCCAUGGCAGGAAACAGAGGAACCAUCAAGGGGGCUUCCAACUUCAGCCCUGAGGCCGAUGCCCAGGCUCUCCGCAAAGCUAUGAAAGGGUUGGGUACUGAUGAAGAUGCCAUCAUUGAGAUUUUGGUCAACAGGAACUUGUCCCAACGGCAGGAGAUUAAGAUGGCCUACAAAUCCUCUAUUGGCCGGGAUUUGAUUAAUGACCUGAAGUCUGAGCUGAGUAAGAAUUUUGAGAACGUUAUUAUUGGACUGAUGACCCCUAUUACCCUGUAUGAUGUGGAGGAGCUGAAAAGAGCAAUGAAGGGAGCUGGGACAGAUGAGGGCUGCCUGAUAGAAAUCUUGGCCUCUCGUACCAACGAGGAACUCCGGAGGAUUAAUGACACCUACCACCGUCAGUAUGGAACCUCCCUUGAGAAAGACAUCGCUUCAGAUACCUCCUCCAAGUUCCAGAGAGUCCUGGUCUCCCUGUCGACUGGCAAUAGAGAUGAGAGUUCACACGUUGACCACAGCCUGGUCCAAGAGGAUGCCAAGUGCCUGUAUGAAGCAGGGGAGAACAAAUGGGGCACCAGCGAGGGCCAGUUCAUUACCAUCCUGUGCUCCAGAAGCAGGAGCCAUCUGCUAAGGGUAUUUGAUGAAUACAAGAAAAUUGCUAAGAAAGAUAUUACGGAGAGUAUUAAAUCCGAGAUGUCUGGAGACCUUGAAGACGCCUUGCUGGCAAUAGUGAAGUGCAUGAGAAAUAAAUCUGCCUACUUUGCUGAGCGGCUGUACAAAUCUAUGAAGGGCGUAGGCACCGAUGACGACACUCUGAUCCGCCUGAUGGUCUCUCGCUGCGAGAUUGAUAUGAUUGAUAUUAAGGCAGAGUUCAAGCGGAUGUAUGGAAAAUCCCUCUACUCUUUCAUUAAGGGAGACACCUCAGGGGACUACAGGAAAGUUCUGCUCCUUCUGUGCGGCGGGGACAACUAAGAGCUUCAGGAUUUCUUCUCCAUCUUGACGCUGAAGUGAUGUGGCUGGCUGUCCCCAUAGAACAGAGGUGGAGAACUACGGCCCUUUUAUGACUUGUGGACUUCAACUCCCAGAAUCCCUGAGCCAGCCAUGCUGGCUGGCUCAGGGAUUCUGGGAGUUGAAGUUCACAAGUCAUAAAAGGGUCGUAGUUCCCCCAACCCUGCCAUAGAUGACAAGUAGUCGUACCUUUUGCAGAAAUGCUUUUAAAAAUGCCAAUCAUGCUAACAUUGAUUGUACCUCUGCCCUCUUGUGUUUCUAAAUUUAAAAAAAAAAAUUUAGUCCCUGCUUUGAAACAGGUAGACAAUACGCAGUAUAAAAUGACUAAUACAAUACAAUGUUUUAAAACCCUGA